AUGAAUGCGGUGGAGCGGACUGGACAAAAGGAUUCCGAGAGGGAUCGUGUCCGGGUCAAGAGGAAAACCUUGGAGGAAGUGCUCCAGCAAUGCCAGAUGGCCCUCCAAGAGCUCACCGAUGACCUAGAUGAUGAUGAUGAUGCCGACGAUGACCUGGAUGGUCUGCCAGGCUUUGUUGAUAGCUCAUCUUCCACCUGUUGCGAUGUCGACACAGCUGAGAGUUGUGAUCUAUUGCAAUCUGUGGUUGAAGGCACUGAUUUUCUUGAGAAACUAGAGAGCGCCCAUGCAUCACUUCCGCAGAACAUGGCUGAGGAAGGCAGUUCCUGGGACAUGGUCUGUGAAAAUGAUAUUUGGGAAGAUGAAAAUCUGGAGUCAUAUGGAGAAGAUUUUUUUUUUGUUAGGCAAGAAGAUAUAGUGGAGGGUAUAGCUUGCUUCAUGGCUGCAUAUCUGUUAUCUCUCAAACAAACAAAGGAUGUGACGCCAAACCAGCUUCAGGAAGCUCUGCGCAAGACAUUCUCUUUAAAAAAGAAGAAGGGUAAGCUGCAGAAGGCACUGGAUGGAAGCAGAGUCAUUUACAAUAUAGCUUCCUGGGGAGCUACUGCCAUGGGGAUUUACCAAAACCCAGUCCUUUCAAGGGCUGCUGGUGCAGCAUUCUGGACAUCAUGUUGUGCUAUCUCAAAGCUUUUCUGA